CUUUACUGUUAACGCAGCCAACCUCACUUGCCAUUCCGACCUGCAGACCGUGCCGCACUCAGACAACAUGGGCGAGAGCUUGACUGUCAGACUCUUCGUGCGCACGCAGACGUACGACAUCCCAUGUGACCCGCGGCAGCCGGCCAAGUGGCUGCUGAUGCAGGCCAAAAACAUCCAACGCUCCAGCCAGAAGCACACACCGCCCGAGGACGAGCUGGAGGUGCUAUUUAACCGCACAACCCGCCGGGUGAUCGACUUGGAGGACUCAAUCGGCCGUGGUAUCUCUGCCAUGGACGUAAUUGAUGCUCGUACACUGCUACAGACACCUGACACGUCAUACAACAGCGCCAUGUUCCCAUGGCUACGCUCGUAUCCGGGCGGCUUGCUCUCAUCCGACAAGAUCGACUCGUCCAACGGCUUGUUCUUCCAGCAGCUUUACGCCUUCACACUGAUUGGCAAACGUACACCAGUUAGUGCGUCACAACGCAAGCAGAAACAGGAUCAGGAUGCCUUCUUGUCGCUGCUACAUACGUACGUCAUGGGCAAUUACGACCAGGACAACCGAUCACAACCGCACCCGACAGGUGUCCGACGAGUAACCGUGCCGGCGUCGCCAGCGUACCCUCCAGAGCAUGAUCCGAAUGGCUUCUCAGACUCAGGAUCAGACAGCAGCUUGGAGGACACACCGUCGUACUCUACGCGCAGAAGUGAGAACGUUUGGCCUCAACGUAUCCCCGCUCCUUCGAGUCCUGCGCACCAAGUGCCGACAAUUCCGUCUCCGUCGGUUCCUCGUCCACAGAACGCACUGGAUGGGAUGGAGAAUGUAUUUGAUAUCGUGUUCAAGCAACAGGCGAUCGGUAUGAAGCUCGGCGCUGACGAGACGAAGCAGUUCGCGAUUGUCAAGGAAUGCUUUGAAGGGUCCGAGGCCAAGAGAUACCCAGAGAUUCGAAGUGGUGUUGUUAUCCUGGCCGUAAAUGGACAGGAGGUGAGCGGACUUGGGUUGUCCCGUGUCUUGUACCGACUGAGAGAAGCUCCGCGUCCUGUAGUAGUUCGCUUCGGUCGCAUGUCAACUCGUCAGUUGCUGGAGCGACGCAAGGCUCAUGGCCGGUGGUAAAUUCUAGUCAAAGCAGCUAGUAAGGCAUCGACGAACGUAAACUUCGGCUAUUAAGAUUGGAUACGGUGCGAUUCAU